CAGUGCAUCCCCGUGCGCGCACGUAGCUAUAGUUACACGCGAGUUGUCUACACCUCCAGUGUCACUGCUGUAGAAAUACAAGGACAUUUCGAUAAGUUAAGCUAGCCAUGGCAGCGCAGGACUUUAAUUUUUUACUUGCAACGGACUCUUAUAAGAUAACACAUUACAAGCAGUAUCCACCAAAUGUCAACAGAGUUUACUCUUACUUCGAGUGCCGGCGCAAAAAGGGCGCGCAGUUCAACGAAGUCGUGUUCUUCGGCCUGCAGUACCUCCUGAAGAGAUAUAUAGCAGGGCGUGUGGUCACAGAGGAGAAGAUUCAAGAAGCCAAAGUCUUCUACCAGAUGCACUUCAAGCAGGUGGUGUUUGACGAGCAGGGCUGGAGGAGUGUGAUGGAGAAAUACGAUGGACGCCUUCCAAUCCGUAUCAAAGCUGUUCCGGAGGGGAAGAUUAUUCCCAGGGGAAACGUCCUCUUCACAGUGGAGAACACAGACCCAGAAUUCUUCUGGCUCACUAACUACAUAGAGACAAUGCUGGUUCAAAUGUGGUACCCCAUCACCGUGGCAACAAUCUCCAGGGAGUUCAAAAAGAUCCUGGCCAGGCACCUGAAGUCCACUUCAGGCAGCCUGGAAGGGCUGGAAUUCAAGCUCCAUGAUUUCGGCUACCGAGGAGUGUCUUCCCAGGAGUCAGCAGCUCUAGGUGGAGCUGCUCACUUGGUGAACUUCUGCAGUACUGACACGGUUGCUGGUCUGAUCAUGGCCCAGCGCUACUACAACUGUCCUAUGGCUGGCUUCUCCAUACCUGCUGCAGAGCACAGCACCAUCAUCUCUUGGGGUCGGAACAGGGAGAAGGAGGCGUAUGAGUGCAUGCUGGACCAGUUCCCCUCAGGCCCCGUGGCUGUGGUCAGUGACAGCUACGACAUCUUCAAGGCCUGCAGGCACAUCUGGGGCGGUAAACUGAAGGAGCGCGUGAUGGAGCGUAGCGAGGACUCCGCCCUCGUCAUACGCCCCGACUCGGGCGACCCGGCUGAGACACUCCUGGAGGUGAUAAAGAUUUUAGAGGAGUGUUUUAGCUGCUCUCAGAACUCAGUGGGCUUUAAGGUUCUUCCAUCAUAUCUGCGCAUCAUUCAGGGAGAUGGUAUAGACCUCUGCUCUGUUGAAGAUAUCCUGAAGAAGCUGCAUGAUGAAGGCUGGAGUGCAGAGAACGUGUUCUUCGGGUGUGGUAGCGCUCUACUCCAGAAGCUCAACAGAGAUACGCUGAACUGUGCCUUCAAGUGCAGCUAUGUGGAAACCAACGGCAAGGGGAUGGACGUAUAUAAGCAGCCAGUGACUGACCCCUCUAAAGGAUCAAAGCGUGGUCGCCUCUCUCUCAGGAGGAACUCUGACGGGUUUAUAGAGACGGUGGAAAGCGGUGUCGGCAAGCCUGAGGAGGACAUGCUGGUGACGGUGUUUGAGAACGGCACCCUCCUGCAGGAAUACUCCCUGGACGAGAUCCGCAAGAACGCUCGCCUGUGGGAGGAGGACGUCAGCCCUGCCCUACACAACCAGGACCACCCCACACCACUGGACGUGCACCAGAAGCACAUCAUGAACGGGGUGCACUGAUCAGUGCCGCGGCCCAGUGGACCGGCAAUUCCCCUGGGCCAUCUGGCCGUUCUGUGUUCAGUGCGCCCAAAGCAAAGCCGUGACUCCGCCUUCACGGACUAGCAGUUCACAGAGCGGCCAACGGCUGGAAAGGGGCAUGGACAAUGUUGACGUGUCUACAUGCUAUUGGGUUUGGCUUGCAGGUUAUUUAUUACUCUUAAAAAAAAACAAAAAAACAAAAAACAAACAAAAAAAAAAACCCCGAAGUGCUGUGUUUGUACAGCAGGGCUGGAAACAGCAGAAGGAGAAUGAUACUCAAGAUUUUUUACUUCCCACAGAAUUCACUGGAAGUAGCAGUAAUCAAUUACAAGGGUACUCCACUCUGAUAUGAAGAAGGUUAAAGGUCAGCGUUGCUUGCCAGUUGUGUGGCGACAGGUGCGUUUAAUAAUUAAUCUGAUUACUUAGUGAUUUAAUACCAGCGCACAACCUGAACGGUCACUCGCUGCUGGGACACUAAUCACCAUUAAUCACUAUUAAUCUCUACUCUAAUCACUAAUCAUGAUUGUGACCCAGUCUCCGAAUAUUGUAGGCACCUCACAAAAUGAAACUAAACAAAAGUUUGACGAACCAAAUGAAUUGUUACUGUACUGGAGUGAGUGUUGUCCGGGACGAGGUCCUUAUCAGUCACGAGCUGAAAGGAUUGUGUUGGGCGGCUCUGCCAAAUCUCUCGCUGCUGGUGGUGGAUUCAUACGGAAAGGACUUCACACCGAUGGUGCGUAACGGGGUGAGAGUGGGGGUCGCUGUGAUGGUGAUUAAUGUUGUGAAAACAUCACCAAGGUGACGAGUGACUUAACAAAGUAGAAAUUCAUGUGAGGUGAGAUUGUGGUGAGGCCUGAGCCUCUGGGCUGAUUUAAGUUCAGCCUCCAUUAUUAGGCUCCCAGUUUGAAAGGAUGCCUUAAACUGGUCUCAAAACAGGGUUGAUGAGCCAACACUUGGCUUGUGCGUUCCUCACAGACUGCACGUUCGGAGAGCGAAACCUAAAGGAUGAAUGCAGAUCACACUCAUCCUCAUCACUGCCUGAGAUAGAAGACACUUAUUGCAGGCAUCAUGGUAACCUGCACAUAAACACACUCUUUGUGCACUGAGCAGGUGUUUAUUCCAGCAUUGGGGAGAGGAAUCUGCCCCCCCGCCCCAUCACAGACCCUGAGUAUACGCUAUAAUGACGCUGCACAGAAAGACGUGCUUCCUUUCUCCUCUCACGCUAAAUCUGUGUGUGUGCACGCGUGUGUGUUUUGAAAUGAGACCUAAAGCUGAGAGAUGUAGGGGUGGUCCCUCCAGUGGGCCGGUCAAGCUGCUAACACUGCCUUAACCACAUGGAUCGUGGUGCUCACUGCGUGCGUGCGUGCGUGUCUCUGCAGUGCCAUUACCUAGAUUCCUCCCUCCACACUCCUGACACCCCCCCCCCUUGUGUGUCACAUGACUGACUGCUUGAUGAGUUGUUUAUUUUCUUUUUUUUAACCCGGGAAGCCGCUGGCUGACGUUUGUCUGCCAGACAGACAGACAGGCAGGUGCAGGGUGGGAAAAUCGUCUUUUAUUUGAGAAGUUCUUCCUUGUCUGUGCUGCCUUCGUCUCCUGAACACUUUUCUUUUGUAAUUCUGAUCAUCAGAUAAGAAGCAGUUGACACUACCUCUUUUUUCCUAUGCCAAUGAGAGUUUAUUAGUAUAGAAUUAUAACUACAUUCAAUUGUAUGUUUUAUGCUGUUGUGUAAAUACUCUUUAAAAUCAUAGUUUGUAGUAGUAGUACUUUAACUUUUAACCUUUUUCUCACUUUUUUUCGAUUUUACAAAAGUGAUAUUUUCUAUUGCAAUAAAUAAUUCUUCUGUU